GUAUUAAUAUGACCAGUAUCGACAGUCAUUUUGGAGAGUUUCUGGACAAUGAAGAUAAUGAACAAGAGCAGGAUAGUAAACCUCUACAAGACAUGCGUUCUGGUGUAAUAUUUUUGAUUGAUUGUACGCCGACAAUGCUUGGAUUACAUGGUUCAUUCGAUUUAAAUAGUAGUAAUGCAGUGGAUUCAUCAUCAGUAAAAAGUGGAUUUGAUUUAAGUCUGUUAUGCUGUCAAACAUUUCAACAGAAUAAAGCACUUCAUAGUCCUUUUGAUAUGAUCGGACUUGUUUUAAUGCGUACAAGUGAAUCAUCUGUUGACAUGAAGAAUAUUAUGGUCUUACAGCCUUUAGGUUUAGCUGAUUCUACACGUAUAUUAGAAAUUGAAAAGUUGAGACAAUUAAAACCAGAUGAAUUGGAAAAACGAUAUGGCACUAUUGUAAAUCAAGCUAAUAUUACCUUUCCUCUACAUGAAGCAUUGUGGGUUUGUCAAAAUCAAUUUAUCACCAGUUCAAAGACGUUUGGUAUCAAACACAUCUUUUUGUUAACCGAUGAUCCUGAUCCAGUAAAUAAAAAUGCAAAUUUGAAACGUAGAGCAAUUGCUAAAAUGGCCGAUAUGAAACAAUAUGGAAUUGAACUUGAAGUUAUUCCGAUUAAACAACAAAAUAUAAAAUUUGAUUAUAAAUUAUUUUAUGAUGAGUUAUUAGAAGAUGAAUUAAUGUAUCCUGAUGUAGACAAAUCUUCUUAUCACCCUGAUCCAACUGAACGUCUUGAUGAAUUAUUGAGCCGUAUUAACUCACAUGAAUUACGUCGAUCACGUUUAGCUCGUUUACCUUUUCAUCUUGGAUCGUCGAAAAAUCUUACCUUAGGUAUUUCAGUGUAUUGUUUAGUUUAUCCAACACGUUUACCUUCUCCAAUAUGGCUUUCAUCUUCAGAUAAUAAAACUGUACGUGUUCAUAGAGAUUAUUAUAAAAUUAUAGAUCCAUACGGAUCUUUUGAUCCAGUUAAAGAUUUAUUACCAUCUCAUGAUUUAGUACGUGGCAUUAAACUUGAUGGUCGUUAUAUAUGUUUUGAUAAAGAUGAAUUAACUGAAGCUGUACGUAAUAUUGCUCCUGUCGGUUUACACCUAUUAGGUUUCGUAUCACAGAAAUUUUUAAAACGAUAUUAUUACAUUCGUCCAGCACAUUUUAUUUAUCCUGAUGAAAAAUCAAUUCAUGGAAGUCGUUUAUGGUUUACCGCUUUAUUAAAUCGAUGUUUACAUCGAAAGUUAUUAGCCAUAGCUAUAUAUGUUCAACGUAAAGGUCAAUUUCCUCGUCUUGUUGCAUUACUUCCUCAGGCAGAGCAGACAAAUGAUGAUGACGGUGCUGAUAGAACUCAAACAAUACCACCCGGAUUUCAUAUUAUAUUUUUACCUUACGCUGAUGAUUUUCGUGAUAUUGAAAUCCCAACAAAUGAAAUAGCUAAUGAAUCUCAAGUGGAUAUUGCUAAGGCCAUGAUACGUAAACUUAUGGUAUCAUUUACUCCUGGACAAAUUGAAAAUCCAACAUUACAACGAUUUUAUUCACUUCUUGAAGCAUUAGCUCUUAAUCGUGAAACUCAAUCGGAAGUUGUUGACCAUACAUUACCUAAACUUGGAGCUUUCAAAAGAAGAGCCGGUGAAGAACUUACAGCAUUCAAAGAAUGUUUCAAUUUAAAUAGCGAGAAUAUAUUCAAAAAACCUCGUCCUACACAAUCCACUUAUAAUCAAGAAACAAAAUGUUGUUUAUCUGAAACAGAAUGUAAAGAAGCUGUUCAAUCAGGUAAUCUACAUAAAUAUACAAUACCUGUAUUACGUGAAACAAUCAAAUCACUUGGUCUCAAAAUUUCAGCUAGUAAAAAAUCAGAUAUUAUUGAAAAAAUUAUGAACCAUUUUAAAGAAAACUAAAAAAAUUUUUGGAUUGCCAGUUUGCCAGCCUUCUGCCUUGUGUUCCCCUUUCGUUUUCUCUAAAAAACCGUUAUCAUCAAUUCAUUGUGGUGACACAAUACAGAAGAAAAUAUUAAACCACAUACGAUUUCAUCACUUAUCUAUGAGGAACAUACUUCGUUUUUCAUUAUCUUCACUUUACAUUCAUCUCAAGCUGCAUAUCAAUGGGAGUUACAUGUAAUAAAAUCUAUUACAGUGAUAAUGAUCAUCAAAUAUAUGAAUGCUCUUUACAACUAAUCGUCAAUUGAGUUGUGAUCAAUCUUUUGUUUUUCAAGUCUUAUAGUGUGAGUGAAUUCUAUUAAUCAAGUUGCAAGGAUAUCAUAAAAUGAUAUUGAUACUACUCAGUGACUAAUCAUUUGUGAAUGCAUGUCAGUCUUAUAAGAGAUCAAUCGCUGCUCUGGUAACGUCUCAGAUUGUAAAGCUGGAUAGUACAGGUUUGAAUCCUUCAAAAAGCAUUGGUUUCCUCAAUAUUAUAGGUAAAUUUUACUAAUGAGUGCUAAACAUAGCUAAACUUUUAUUUAGGGUUUCAUGUCAGUUACCUCCAGAAACCUGACAAAUGAGUAUUCUCACUGGAUUAUUUUAUGUUCAUUAACCAAAGACUAUAAUUUGUAUCAACUUAAAGUUUCCAUGAGCACUAACAAAUGAAAUUGUUAGGCUAAAUCUAAGAAUAGUAUAGUUAGCAACGGUAUGAGUGCUGAUAGGAAAUAUUAGGCAUCGAAGAUACGAUUCUAGAAAAUAUGAACCAGUGAAAUUAUGAGGAAUUCAGAAGCUUAGAAUUCGGAGGAUGACAAAUAAUGGAUGCACUUGAGUCAAAGCAAACCAUUUUAAGCCAUCUCAUACAAAAUCUUCAACCACUGGUUAUGAUAAUCAUGCAGAUUCAUCUAUCGAUGAUCAACAUGUUGAUUUAAAACAUGUUUAUCAGCUGGAAACUGUUAUUCAAUUUAAAAUACCUUUAUUACAAACAGUAUAUUCAGGUUUAGGUUAUUAUAGGGUCUAGAGAUUAAAACUUUAGAACAAAGUCAAUAAUCAAUACUAAAUGAACAUGAAGAAUCAUCUACGUCUGGACUUAUCUGAAGUGUUUUCAAUGUUCAAUGAAUGCACGGUAUCCAAGAACUUUGGUAUUCCUCUGUCUUUUUAAUAGAUGAGUCGUGUAUGUUAGGGUAUAAUCAUCAUCAGAAGUUUGAAUUCAAAUGCCAAGAGCUACCAAAAACUGUUUGGUUUGAUUACGUCUAGUGUGACGUGUUGCGACAAAGCGAAUGAUUAACAAACAUUUUAAAAUCUAGUCCUUAAAAUAAAUUCUUUGAUAUAAAUAGCACUUUAGUAUCUAUCCUUCAUCUACUUAAUGAACUGGAAAAUGACCGGAAGUACUAGAUUUGACUCAUUUAUCGAACAUUGAAAACAUUUCAGUUAACCUCAGCUAGUAUCUAGGCGUUAAAAAAUGUCUAUACAAGUUUUAAUUACUACAGUACAAAUUAAGAUCAACUAUUUAUGAUCAAUAGAUCAAAACAUAUAACAUCUAUAUAAUUAUAGUAAUUGUAAAACAAUUAUUUCAUAAUUAUGAAUUUAUUGAAAAUAUGAGUCUUAUGACUAAACAGAUGGACAGUGGCUAGCACUGGGAUCCAGGACACGCGUUUCAUCUCAUUUGGGACUCGUCAGCUG